GCCGGUGUCGCCUCUUCCAUGGAUCAAUCCUCUACAGUACCUCACUGUGCUACGUUAGCUUGUCAGCAGUCUUUUCACUCAACAGGCGCACCGUCAGACAAUAGAUAAUGACAUCACCCGUUCGCGUUGGCUGCUCUCCAAAUGCUGCCUCGCUCAAAAGGCCAGUGACAUCAUGCAACAGAGGUACAGAAACACAUAAGAAAGAAAGGCAAUAGGAUGGCCACUGGCACGGUACGCUGUGUACCACAAGUGAUGCAUCAUGGGUGUUUUAUGUCAACAAAACACCUCAUUACCAUAUCAAAGUUAUUGUUAUUACUCUUUUAACAUCAUUAUCAAUACUAGGUUCAAUAUCAUACGCAAUACUACCUUUGUGUUUUAGAAGAUGGACCUUCUGUUUUACUUAUUUUACUAAAUGUAUCUUAAUAAAUUGUUAUUCUUUUAGACACUGGUGUUAGUAUUACUUCUUAUUCACCUAAUAUGUGUACUUUUAUAUUUCAUUCUUAUGUUCCUAUGUGUCAUUUCAUUCAAGAAUUGACAAGUUUAGUUAAUACAUUUUUACUUAUCUCUGAGCUUAAACAGUCAAGAAAAUGUGCAGGCUAAGUAUUUGGCUCUUACUUUUAUGUCAAUCUCUGAGGCAGAUUAUUUUAUCUGCAAAGGAAUUCAAUGGUUUAGUCAUCUUGCACUCUAUCUUAAAGUGAGUGAAGUGUAACAGCUUGAUGUCACGUUUUUUUUUCUUCUCCCCUGUUCAUGUUGACUUCCUCCAAAGCCCUCAGCCUUUCUAGCUAUGUAUUUCAGGAUAUAGUUUAAAUAUCCACAAAUCCCUCUGAACAUUCCUGCUGCUUCAUAAUGUAUUUUAUUGGCUUUGUGGAGGCCGAUGCUCUGCGUGCAACUUGUGCUAAAAAGUCAGGCUAUUAUUGCAUUCCUCACUUGUAAUGCACUGUGGCAUUGCUGUGCUUGCAUGUGUGUGUUUGUGUGUAGGCCUGUACAAUUGGAUAAAUGGAUGGAGACGAAAGGAUUACUGUUGAACCCUUUCAACCUGAUCUGUUGUCUUCAGUCGGACGAGCAAAGCCUCGCCUUCUUUUAUGCUGGAUGAAAACAUUAAUUUGUUUCUAAAUCCAAAAGCAUGUGUGUUGAAAUCGCCCAGAAUGCUCUGCAGUGACAACAAAGAGAAGCUGUUUGUUGGAGAUGUGUGUGAGCUCGCCACCACGAAGAGGAAAAAGGACCUCUACAACAAUAACACCAAAUCUCAGUUUGUUUUCACAGAUAAAUGGAUCUACGUGCAGAAAGGCAGCACAAAAGAGAGACAUGGAUACUGCACGCUUGGUGAAGCCCUCAACCGUCUAGACUUUUCCAGUGCCAUUCAGGACUUGAGUAGAUUCAACUAUGUUGCAAAACUUUUCCAGCUAAUAGCCAGGUCUCAGUUGCCCAAUUUGAGUGGAGCUGCUCAGAAAAACUAUUUUAAUAUACUGGAGAAGAUUGUACGAAAAGUUCUAGACGACCACUACAACCCACGCCUUGUGAAGGACCUGCUGCAGGACCUGAGCUCCACACUGCACAGUCUGGCCAUUCAUGUCGGCAGGUGUGUCCUCGUGGGCAACGUCAACAUCUGGUUGUGCAGACUACAGAUCAUUCACGAAUGGAAGCAGCAGCUCAACAACCUGCAGAUCCCUAAGCAAAUUUGCAAUGGCGUGUCAUUCAACGAAUUACCGCUCCACACGCAAAACAACAUCCUCUGCAAGUUAUCUGAUGCCUAUGACAUCAUUAACCUGGGGCAGGCAACACCUACUCUGCAGAGCCUCAGUGAGAGCAGCAUACUGUGGAAAAAACUCUGCCACUUUCACUUCACAGACAAACAGUACUGUACAAAUUUGGUCCUAUCCAAAAGUGAUCACGUGGACUGGAAGCUGAUGUAUUUCACCUUGAGGAAACAUUAUCCAAUGAGGGAGCAGUACGGCGACACCCUGCACUUCUGCAAACACUGUAGCAUCCUCUUCUGGCAGGACCGCCACCUGGCUUUGUUAUUGAAGGACUGUGGCCAUCCUUGCACAGCCAUCGAUCCGGACAGCUGCCUCAUGCCCAUUUCUCCGCAACACUUUAUCGAACUCUUCCAGUUCUAAACCCUCCACGUUUAUCUCCAAGCGAAACGUCACUCCAAAAAACGAGUGUGCAAGAGACUCUUAUGUCAUUUACCAAAUACAAAGGGCUUAGACUGAAAAAGAUGACUUGUUUAUGUCUUAAUUUCUUCACGCACAAGUGUUUCCACGACAAAAAGGAAAUAUUAAAUGCGUUUGUUUGUAGAUUUUAAGAAUGUUGCUGAUGGGGGAAGUAUUCCUCCUCCUGCCAAAUGUGUUGUCUUCUCGACUAAAAACAUCUGUUCAACACGGAGGAAAGACAAAAUGUGAAAGAUUUAUAUGUAAAGAAGUUGUAGCAUGUUUAUGGUAGGCAAGUGGUGAUAGGUAAUAUUUAAGAGUUUUUUAAAGAUGUUUACGGUUCGUUACUUGGGGUUAAACUAAGCUGCUUUUUACUCUGUUCUGUUUUGGUGGUAUUUUUUGCAAUAACUGAACGCAUGUCUGUUUACAUGUAUGUGGUCCUUUGUGACUUCCUGUUGUGCUCUUUGUAUAUUGAAGAACAAAUAAUGUAAAACUCCAUUAGCUAUACAUGUUUUUACUGUGUACUUUUGCCAGAACUGUCAUGAAACAGACAGAGAAAAUGUUUUAAAAUAUUUAUGAAACAAAAAGUUUUUUUAUCUUUCCUCCAACUUUUGUAAUAAUUCUUUACCGUCCCAAUACUUGAUGGUACUGUUACUACUUUUAUGAGACAGGAUUGAAGUAACUACAAAUAAUUAAAUAUUUCUAAAAACCUG